AACCGAGGGGGCGAAGGGUGGAGGUUGACAGAGGAGAGGGCGCCGCGCGCGUGAGAGAGGGACGGAUACAGAUCCAUCGUGCCAGUGGCCGCUGCGGCAAAUCUGCGGCUCUCCAUAGCCGUUCGUCGAGAGACAGAGAAAAGUGAGGAUUAUUAUAUUAGGGCACCCGGCCUGGAUUUGGGUGCCGGCGCGUCGUUCACGAUCGGCUGAUCAGUAGUGUCCGAAUUAUUCCAAGGCCGUUCCCUGCGGGGGCCUAGCGGGGACAGAUGAGGUGCUCCGGCAAUGGAACCAACUCCGCGCGAUCUUCGUGUCGCUCUGCGCUCUACGGUUCAGCAGCGGUCGAUCUCGACCAGAGCGACUUGUGCGAGUGCCCACCCUCGCCGAGGUUCCGCCGGUACGGGGAUUGAUUGAUCGGAGAAGAGAGCAUUCGAGGACGUCGAUGCCAGUUGACAACCUCAUGGCUCAAGUAGAGGGUGUCCUCUCGUGAGAGCGAGCACGGACAACACAGAGUUCGCGAAAAGAGAAGUGCGUGUGAGUGACAUUGGGACGCAUUGUCGUUUAUUUCGGGGAAAGAAAGAAACGAGAGCGUAUCUCUCGUUGCUCGCAAAAAAAAAUUUUGACGCUUAGGGCAUUUGCGUCCAAGAAGGUCGUUUGUUUCAUUUUUGUUCAUUCCGAUUGAUCUCUUUGUACGCGAUCGUGACGGUUGUGAGCGGUAAAGUUUGCAAAGAUUCGCUGGACCGAAGAGGAGAAGACUACGGAGUAGAUGGAAUUAUCGCGGGAGCGAGGCACAGUGUACGCUCAUCUUUAAGGUCGGAGGGUGGCUGUAAGCGGUCCUGUGAUUGGUUAAGCGUGUCCGCGGGAAUCUUUUUCUCUCUGUUACGUGCGCUAAUUCGGGCUUAUCAGGUGACGUGACACGAGAUAAACUGAUGAGAGUCUGCGGUUGAUGGCCGUUGACCGAUGUCACGCUUGUCAGGUCAGGAUCGGUCAACGUCAAGGAAGAAGGGAAAAGAGAAGUUAGGAGUACCAAAGGGACUUGGAUUGAACGACAAAGUUCGACAUCGCGAUCGACACCACUAAUUCGCGUUACGAGCUACACGGACUGAAACUACUGCUAGUAUAUCCCGCCAGUUCGACGGGAAACUUUCGCUCAACUCAAUUACGGCCGCAGCCGUGUCGUGUUCGCGCCUGCGAAAGCCAAACGAAAGGUGACACCGACCUACUCUUGGCCGUAACUCGACGCUCGUAUUCCAUGAGAGAGUUAAUCGCGGUCCCGCGAAUGCUUCCGGGUUCUUCGUCGGGUUCGCGAUUAAUUUAUGAUAAGUGUGAUAAGCCACCCCUGGUGUGGAUUACGCCGCGCACCGACCACCACGACGACGUCGGGGAGGGAGUUAGUAGCACGGUUAGCGGACUCAGCGAUUAUAAUAUGGCGAGACAGGCAUAUUCCGUCGUUGAUUAAUAUGCCGACCGCGAGGUGGGAUUUAAAAUUCAUAAUCGCAUAAUCGAUAUUUUGUCACGCGCUUUCUUUCUGAUUUCGAUACCAUCAAAGUUACCUAUGUGAACUGCAUAUCACACGACACUGCGCAUUCGAACGAAGGAUUCAUCCUGAUACUCGAAUUAAAUAGUCGCGCCAGUUAUAAAAAGGGGAAUAGCUGGCACUGAUUUAAACUGAUACGCGCGCGCUUAUGGCGUUCAUUUAAUCAAAAUGAGAACUGAGAAUCCGCUGACAGUGCCGUUGCUGCGAAGACAAGACGGGUCUGCGAAAUGAAAACUCCUGUCAGAGACAAUGGAAGCGUCCACGCGAGUAUGAUGGCCUUGUUCAGUGUCGCGGACGGCACGCUUAGGCGACAAACGACUCGUCAGUAAAACGGAGAAGUGUCGUCGUCUGUUGCGGUGGAGUCGAUUUCCUGUUCUCGCCCCGAGGCGAGAGGACGAUCCGCGGACUGGAUCAGCGGACAUCGGACAGACACCGAUAAAAGGACGGUGUUAUGUUAGUGACAAGGCGUCACCCUCUAGGAGGGCACAUACUACUUGCCCUCUUCCUCUUGACGGGGUGCUUCGCCUUGCUGUCACGAGCGGUUGCCUUCCCGGAUUGGACAGACUGCCCCGCGGUAUGUCGAUGCAAGUGGACCUCCGGCAAGAAGUCCGCUCUGUGUCCGGACGCCGGCCUAACAUCACUGCCGGCGUCCCUCGAUCCGGACAUGCAAGUUCUCGAUUUGUCCGGCAACAUGAUACCCGCGUUACAAGCAGAGGUAUUCAAGCUGGCCGGCUUGGUGAAUCUGCAGCGGGUCUUCCUACGCAAGGCUGGCAUUCACAAGAUCCACGCGGACUCCUUCAAGGACAUGAGGAUACUCGUCGAGAUCGAUUUGUCGGACAAUCACGUGACGACUCUGGAGCCGGACACGUUCCUCGGGAACGAGCGCUUGCGUAUCCUGAUACUUAGCGGAAAUCCACUCGGUACUCUACGUAAUCUACAAUUUCCCGUGCUGCAGCAUCUGCGGAAUUUAGAACUGGAGAAGUGCUCCUUGACCGAAAUACACGGACAGGCCUUCACCCGCUUGAGCGGCUUGGAGUUUCUGAAGCUGGAUGGCAACCAGCUGGAAUAUCUAGAGGCCUCGGUGAUAUCCAAUCUGUCCCGAUUGAAAACCGUAACGCUGGACGGCAACCGGUGGAAAUGCGACUGCAGAUUGCGAGAUUUUCGCAUCUGGCUCAUCCCCGACGCCCCUAGUAAAUUGUAUUCCGUUCCGCAGAUCUGUACGGGUCCAUCGAGACUGGCGGGUCGUAGAUGGGAAGACGUCAAGCCCGUCGACUUUGCUUGUGAACCGGAAGUGUUUGUUCUAGCGAGUAGCACACAGGAAGAGACCAAUGGUAAUCUCAGCUUGGCUUGUUUGGCGUCCGGCGAUCCCGAGCCGGAAGUCUGGUGGCAGCUGAACGGCGGACCGGUUAAUGCUACCAAAUUAACCGAUCAAUUAUACACCGGACCUCUUGUCGUCUAUACGACGUCCGAGGUCGGUCCGUCUUCCAAGUCCGCGUCGUCCAAAAUCGUCCCGGAUCGAUGGAGCAAUCUAACCGUUUACAACGCCAGCGACAGCGACGCUGGCGAGUAUACCUGUUUCGCGAGGAACAUCGCCGGCAUCGCUCGGGACACAGUCAACGUGGCGAUACCUCGCGUCUAUACCGCUCCGACUCUCUCGCAGAGCGACAACUGGCUCCUCUGGGUGAGCCUGGCGGGUGGCGGCGCGGCCGCCGCGUGCGCUUCCAUUUCGGCCGUUCUUCUGGCUCUUUGCUUGUGCGGCGGCAAUCGACGCCACAGAAAGCGUGAGAAGAUGAAGCUACAGGGUAGCAGUAGCUUCGGCGACCAGGAGAAGAAACUGCUGGACCUGUCCGUGACCACGACCACGACGCCCGGCAACAGCAACGAUCGUGGCAGCGGCCACGGGAGCCUCGGCGAGGCGUGUAGCACCGGUGAUCUCGAGCUGGCUGAGCGUGGCUCUAUUUGCGACCCCAUGGCCGCGGCUGCUGUCACCGUCGAGCGGCUCCGACCCGCGGAGAGCGCAAUGAACGCCAUUCGCGCGGUUCCGUGUCCCGCUACCGGAAACGUAUUUCCGCCCCCGCCACCGGAAUUCACCACCGGCGUGCUGCCAGCCGGUAUCUUCGGCAACAUCUUCAUCUCCGUAUCAUUGCCACAGGACGCAUCGUCGGAGCGCUGCUAUCCGGAUCUCCUCGACAUUCCCGUCCAUGCGGUCAGCGGCGCCGUGACAACUGUCACAGCGAGCGGAAAGAUACCUUCGGCGGCUGUCAACGUUUCCAGCUUCGCCACGCUGCCACGCCGGGCCCUACGUUCCACCGAAAUUGCCGGCACCGGUUCGCCUUACGAUAACAUGGGACCGCGCAUCACGGCGAACGGCAGUUCCGCGUUCUCGUUGACGGACAUAGAUCUGCGAUUGUCACCACCACCGCCGCCGCGGAUCAUUCAACCGCCGCACGAAUUCGUUUCCCUCUAAAAUAGCGGCCUCCCCUUCAAGUAUUGUCGCGCAUACUAAUUUCGUAAUCGAUAAUAUUCCGCUAAUAAUGUUUCCCCCGAUAUACUGAGGAGUGUCCAUUAUCGGCCGGAUGUUAUUAGAUGUGACAACAAUUAGCGCGAUAUUGACUGUAUCAUAGGAGUUGUUCAAAGACUGACUCCGCUUGAAAACGCAUGCGCGAGCUUCGGACGAGUGAUCCGUAUACGAUCCUCGAUGGAGAACAAAUCAUUUUUUUUGUGUCAUCCAAUGGCUAAUUUGACAAUGACACGCAUCAUAUUAGUUGCAUCAAACAACUUUCACCUUAGCAUCAUAUGCUCGCUGACAUUGAGUCAUCAUGAUCGCCAAGAACUUGGCGUUGCAAGAAUAUUGAUAUCGCAACUCUAGACUGCCACUUGUCAAAUCAAAAUUUUUGGAUAGCGUUUGUUUAUGAAAAUAAAUUACAUAUGCAUGUUAUUUUUCAGCAAUUAAAAGCCGUUAUUUAUCAACAACAACGGAAUAUUGCGUAUCACUAUUUAUCAUAAAAAGCAAUACAAAAUUCAGCUGAUGAUUUGAUUAUGAUUAAAUUUUUUUUUCUUUUAGACAGAUUCAAGUGUCUCAAAGACGCAUAAAAAUAUCUUUAAUAUUUCUUAAACAUUUAAAGCUUUUUAAAUUUUUGUAUUAUGUUUAGAUGCUAAUAGAUGGGCGUAGUUUAUUUAGGCGAUUUUUCUCGAGAACUUGGUCGCGCUGAGAAGGAAAAUGUAAAAGAUUUACUGGAAAUAAUGAAUUGUACAUGUCGAUAUACAAUUUCGGCGAACACUUCUGAACACUGCGGAAUCGAAUAGAUAAUCAUUGACAGAUAGCCGGGGGACAUCCCAUGGGAAACGACGAGAAUGUUAAUCGUGAUUAGACAUUUCCCGCGAGUGCGAGAUCCGGGGUCGUUCUUCCCUUCGACAUGUAGCGUGAAUCUGGUGAAUCGGCAUGCCGGGAGAGGACCGAAAGGAAAUCGAUAUUGCAAACCGUGUGUGUUACCAAGAUCAAUAUACGGAGCAUUCGAUCGAGGGGACCGAUAUCGGCCACGACACUGCCGGACACUUGCCGAAUAUCUGUUUGUCUAUGCUUUGUCUGCCUGCCUUGUCCGCUUGUCCGGCCUGCGCCCACAAUGAAUACGUGCGAGUGACGGAGUGCGUGAGAGAGAAAACAUUAGAUCUAUAAAAGAAAGAAAAAAAAAAAAAGUCUCUUCUAGUCUCCGCUAAAAUAAUCCGAAGCGAGGCGACAUUUGUACAUACUUUACACGACUAUUUCUUCGAACGAUGGACUUUUUGGCUAGCGCGAGCCCCAAACACGCCGCGCGUCUCACAUUAUCUUCCUCCCAUUCAUUCUCCAAAGUGUAUCACUAGUUUGUUAUGUACUCUCUACGUGUGUACAUAUUUGUUAUUGCAUUACAAGGUUCGUGUACAAACGCGAUCCGGACGCAUGCCGGCGCGUUAUACAUGAAUAGUAUUCAUUAUGAACACUUUGUCAAUUAAUAAAAUCAUUGAAUUUUACAUACAUCGUGUUACUGUUGUGUAUUGACUCAUUGCGUUCGUUAUCAGAGAACGAUGUAUCGUAUCGUGUUAUGUUCACAGAAUUCGAUUAUAAGAUUCAUAUUGUGGUAUAUAUAAAUCGCAUUUUAUAGACAAAAAAUCAGCAGAUAUUUGGCAUUGAAAAAUUGGAGCAAGAUAUAGUAUCAUUUUUCUCUACCCAAUUUAUAUGCCAAAAAGAAAGCGAGAAGCUGUACGGAUUAUUUUUUUUCUAAAAAAACUCUACCUCUAAUUGGUUAUACGGCUUUCUAUGUAUUAUGUAUUAAAAAUAUCGUAUCAAAGUUUAAAUAUACUGUUAGCAAUAGGAUCUAUUUGUAC